AUGAGUGGUUAUCGUGGGGUUGCAACCAUAGUACUUGAGGUUGUAGCAUCUUCAGACCUUUGGAUAUGGCAUGCGUUCUUUGGAGUUUCUGGUUCAAAUAAUGAUAUCAACGUGUUAGAUCGUUCUCCAGUGUUUGAUGUUAUUCUAAAUGACCGUGCUCUGGAGGUAAAUUAUACUAUUAAUGGUAAUAAUUAUACAAUGGGAUACUAUUUAGCAUAUGGUAUUUAUCCUGAAUGGGCCACAUUUGUCAAAUCAAUCUCAAAGCCACAAGGUGAGAAACGCAAGUUAUUUGCACAAUACCAAGAAGGGCAAAGAAAAGAUGUGGAACGAGCAUUCGGAGUGUUGCAUGCACGCUUUGCAAUUAUACGUGGUCCAGCUCGUUUUUGGAAAAAGAAGAAGCUUGCCAACAAAAUGAGAGCUUGUAUUAUAUUGCAUAAUAUGAUUGUUGAGGAUGAAAGAGACACUUAUGCAGGAAAUUUUGCUCAAGGCUUAGAGUAUGAUGAUGUUGAAAAUGACUUAUCACAACCUUAG